AUGAUGGAAUACGGAAGAACGCGCAAAGGGCCGCUGCCUGGAGGUCGCCAGGGCGCGUCUGGAGCUGGCGCUGGACGCGGCAGCAUGCGAACCGCCAGCCGAGCGCGAUGUGCUGCACGACCACCCAGCAGCCCCUCGCAUCCAUCAUCCCCACCAGCUGGCUUGGUGUCGGCAGGGUCUUCGCGGGCCCAGCAAUCGGCACCCGCCUCUGGUGGAGUACGCCGCAUGCGUUGGACAACCCAGAUGAACAGCAACGCAUUGCGGGCGUAUUUUGGGGCGAAAGGGGGAGAAACUGGAUGUUUGGCGUAUCGGGCUAGGAUGCAUCGUCUUUUUGCUGAGCUGGAGCCAUCUUUAACCGUCACAGAGCAAAACCUGGCAGACCGAGUUCGGUAUAUCUUGCGCUCAAAUAUAUUUGAUGUCGCCGAACUCGAACGGCUACGACGUGAGGCUGUUCCCUCGUCGGAUGAGAAUGCUACGCCUGAGGAUGCGGCGCCACAAAUGGUAGAGCAACCCGCAAACGUGGAUGCCGCCGUGAAUACCCCAGUUGUGGUUGAUUCAAACGAUGAUGGAACAGUCGCCCAGGAACUGGAAUUAGAGCAUAUGAGGAGUACAUUGGAAGAGGCGAUUGUGGAAACGCGCAGUACGCCUCUCGAAAAUCGACCGCGACUUCCCCCGCAUAGCCCUAAGCAAGCGGAAUCGGGCUGUCGUGAGGGCUCUGAACCCAAUGCUGGUGACCUAUUUGGAAGCCAGCCGGGACCUUUGCGAGACGGACUCAAUUCUUUUUGGCGCCGCGCUGGCAGUCUGCCGUAUCAUAGGCGCCAAGGUUUCCACGGCUGGACGCGCUACUGGCCAUAG